AGGAUGAUGGAACCAUUCUUACAACACUGGGUGGGGUUUAGAAGCACAGAUAUAAAUACCCCCCACCCCCAGACCAGCCAUUACACUGGGAAGCUGAACAAUGCAGCCCCGAUCGUUGGACCUCGCUUUGCUCCUUGUGUUCUGCUUGGCUCCUGUUAUCGCCUUCCAACCGCCUCUCAACAAGAAUCACCUGAAUAGUUGUCAAGAUUCCAGCUUUAAAACCUGCUUCCCUCUGGACUGCAAGGAUGUGUAUGACAGCGAGUUUACCGCAGACGGCGUAUAUCUGAUCUUCCCCAAUGGACGGUAUUCAGCUCCAGUCCCGGUAUACUGCGACAUGACCAGUGCAAAUGGACCAUGGACAGUGUUUCAGAAGAGGUUUGAUGGAAGUGAGGAUUUUAACCGAGGCUGGGAGGACUACAAGGCCGGAUUUGGACAAGCCGACUCUGAGUAUUGGUUGGGUCUGGAGAACAUCUACCAACUCACCCUGCGGAGGUCCUACCGCCUGCGCAUCGACCUCACAGAUUACGACAAUGACGCCCGUUUUGUGACCUACAAUACCUUUUCCCUCUCACCUCUCGCCAUCUCCGGAGUGGAAAAAAGCUACAAACUGUAUAUUGAUGGGUUUAAAGAAGGAGAUUCAUCCAGACCAGCUGGCGACUCACUCAGGGACCACAAUGGCAUGGCGUUCUCCACCCACGACAGAGACAGAGAUACUUGGCCUGGAAACUGUGCCAGUGUGACGAAAGGAGCAUUCUGGUACUACGGAUGCACCAGCACCAACCUCAACGGUUUAUAUUCCAAAGACCCCACCUGCCUGACCAGAUUCCAGUAUUGUAUGAUGACCUGGUUGUCAUGGAGAAGUUCCUCACAACACCCCUUGAAGGCCGCCCAGAUGAAGAUCGCUGUGAAUUAGUGAAUUUCUGCUGACCUCCACAUUCCUACUACAAGAAAUAAAAAAUGAUCAGUGUAACGGACCUAUGAACCAUUCUGCCUACAGAGGACUGCAUGACUUGUAUUCUG